AUGACGACCGUUGCAUCUUCACCGGGAGGAGCAGCAGCAGCACCACCAGCCUCUGCCUCGCUUUCGAUGGCUUCUUCAUCCGGGCUUGCGCAAAUCUAUGUCUUGGGUAACCUCAUUGUGGCAGAAAGCAGCAGCAACACCAUCGUUGCUGUGCUGAGGACGCACUCGCUGCAGCAGCAGCAGCAACAACAGAAGGAAGGGGAGCAGCAGCUGCAACAAAGCAUCAGGGUAGCCGUCGGCAGCACUUAUGUUGUUGAACCUCCUGCCGCCUCAUUGCUGCUAGGAGGACGAAAUGCCGCUUUCUUCACUGCGGAUAAAACUGCCGAGUUGUUGAUGCAGCUAGUGCAGCAGCAGCAACAGCAGCAACCCUUGACUUUGGGAAGCCUCUUCUCAAAAAUUGUCUGCUUUUCGCAUCCGGCGCUGCAGCAGCAUUGUCUUACGCUGCAUGGACUUAAGCCUCAGCAGAAGCUUCCGGCAGGGGCGGCAGAGGCGACAGCUGCCGUUGCAGCUGCAGCACCGCAGUUUUCUCUCGCCAUUCAUGAGGCUAUGCGCCUGGCGGAGGUAAGCAGACAGGACGAUUUUUUGGGUGAUGUGCCCGACGCGCAGCAGCAGCAACAGCAGCAGCAGUCUGGAGAGCGCCGCGGCUACAUAAUUGCUCGCCGCAAAGCAGAAACAGAAAAAGCAGACACCGAUUUGGCAGCAUCAGCGGUGACAGAUCAGCCGCGAGAGCAGCAGCGUCAGCAUCAGCUUUUCGAGUUGCUGGAGUUCACGCCAGUGCUGCUGCACCAACACGCCUCUCUUCCAGUGCUCAAGGCUCCUGAGCAGCAGAAGCGCGAUGAAGCUGCGGCUGCAGAGGCAGCGGCAGCGGCUGUUGCCGCUGCCUCUGCAGCGGAUGCAGCAGCAACAGCGGCAACAGCAGCAGCAGCAGCACAGGCGUCAGAAGUCACUCCGACAGCAGCGACUCCAGCAGCAGGCAGCACUGUGGCCUUAUGGUACAGAGACUUCAGCAGUUGCGUGGACGACUUUAUUGCUGCGGCGGAUCUGCGCGUUGAGCAGCAGCAGCAGCAGCAGCAGCAGACUGCGGCAGCAAGUCGUGUGGGCAAGGCGCAGCAGAACCAGCAGCAGCGUCUGCUGCAGUUGCAGCAGCAGCAGCAAGAGCAAGAGCAGCAAGCUGCAGCUAUUGAGGCCAACCUUCAGCUGGUAGAAGACGCCAUUCAGCUGCUUCGUGCAGCCGUUGCGGCGGGUGUAUCGUGGGAGGAACUGAACAUGCAUCUGAAGCAGCAGCAGCGCAAGGGGCACCCCGUAGCUUCGCAUAUUCACAGACUCUCUCUGGAGAAGAAUGAGGCGUUUUUGCUGCUACCCGCAGCAGCGGCAGACGCGGAAGAAGAAGCAGCAGCAGCAGCAGGAGACGCCGGGGGUGCAGCAGAAGGGAGCGCAGCAGCAGCUGCAGCAGCAGCUGCUGCUGCCGAUCUUCCGCAGCAGCAGCAGCUGCUGCUGGUGCCUGUGAACCUCUCGCUUUCUGCCUUUGGCAAUGUGGAGGCUUUGCAUGCAGCUCGCAAGGCUUUGCGUGAGAAGGAGCACAAGACGACACAGCAAAUGGCAGCCGCCCUUGCCGCUGCUGCUGCGUCUGGAGGCAAGGCGAAGCAGCAGCAGCAACAGCAUGCCAAGGGGUUAAAGCCGCAGCAGCAGCAGCAGGAACUGAAGAAGCUGAGGAAGCCUUUUUGGUUCGAGAGAUUUUAUUGGUUCAUAACGACAGACGGAUAUCUCGUGAUUGCCGGCAGAGACGCUCACCAGAACGAGCUGCUCUUCCGCCGCUACUUGCAGCAGCAGGAUUUGUAUGUUCACGGCGACAUUCACGGUGCUGCCACGUGUGUCAUCAAGACUGCGUUAAGUACGGCAGAUGCUGCCAGUGUGGCAGCAGAUGAGGCUCCUGUCCCUCCCCCCACGCUGCAGCAAGCUGCAGAAUUUGCCGUUUGUCGAAGCAGCGCGUGGCAGAGCAAAGCUCCUGUGGGAGCUUGGUGGGUGUGGGGGCAUCAGGUAUCAAAGGCAGCACCUUCGGGAUUGUAUCUGAGCACGGGGGCUUUUAUGAUUAGGGGAAAGAGACACUUCGUGAGCGUGCAUCGCUUAGAAAUGGGCCUGACCAUUCUUUGGAGGCUUGGUGACGAUGCAUCUAUUGCGAGACAUCGAGGAGAGCGAGCUCGCAAGCACGCUUUGUGUGGCGAAGAGGACGUCGUAUCCCAGUGCAAGACGCAGCAACAGCAACAGCAGCAGCAACAGCAACAGCAGCAUCGACUGCAGCAGCAGCAACUGCAGCAACGGGAGGAGAAGGCAGUACAAGAGGGCGGCUCGCCUGUAGGCGCAGCUGCGGCUACGGCAUUUGAUGCUUCUGGUCAAGACACAGCAGCGUCUGCCUCACGGACUGCUGCUGGAGAAGCUCCUAGCACAGAGGUCGAUCGUGAAGCUGCAGCAGCAGCAGCAACAGCUCCCAGAAAGCCGAAGAAAGCUUUGGGGUUUACUGAAGUUAGCAGCACCAGCAUCACCACCAGCAGCAGAGCUAUGAGCAUUCGCAGCGCUGCACGGAAGCCUACUGGAUAUUCGCGACCAGAAAAUGUUUUGAAACAUGCCGGGAGGGAGGCUCUCGAAGAGCUGCAGGAAAUGCGUCUAGAAGCAGAGAAGCAGAUGGCUCAGGAGCAGCAGCUGCUGCUGAAGGCGCAGCAGCAAGAGGAGGAGCAAGAACGGCAGAGGCAGCAACAGCAGCAACAGCAGCAGCAGCAACAGCAGCAACAGCAACAGCAGCAACAGCAACAUCGCCGCGUAAAGAAGGCUGCGUUUCGUUUAGCUGAUUCAGGUAACCUCGAGGAGGAUGCAGCAGCAGCAGCAGCAGCAGCUACUGCCCGUCGUGGGAGGCGUCGGAAACCUACAGGCCACGUUUCGGUAAAGGAUAUUGAGCAGCAAAGAGGGGUAGAAGCCGCAGAGAUCCUGCGAGAGCUUCAGCGUGAUGUAGAGCAGCAGCAGCAGCAGCAGCAGCAGCAGCAACAGCAGCAGCAGCAGCAGCAGCAGCAGCAGGGGCACGAGUUUGGUCGCCGAAGCUCGUUGAAGACGAAGCAAGUAGAGGAGGCAUGCCAUGUGACCUUUUCGCCAGAGCCUCCUCGCGUCGUGUCAGACGUUCUUGAUUGCCUCCACGUGGAGUUCGACGAUUUACCCCCUGAGGAGAUCCCCGACUUGGAAGAGACGCGGCAUUCGCUUUUUGGCCCCUCGGACGGAGAAGAAGAGGAGGCUGGGCAGAAGCAGGAAGGCAGGGAUGAUGUCGCCACUGCCAUUGCUGCCGCGAAGGAGGCUGCUGCCGAUGUGUUCCUGAGGCUUGUUGCAGAUGCACCGUCCAUUCAACUGACGACUGUCGAUGAUGCCCCUCCGACUUACUCCCAGGUGUCUGGAAUUAGCGUGGAUGUCGAGAAGAUGCUGAAUAGACACCGCAGCGCAGAUCAUGGCCCUCCGCCUCGCGGCUUUUUCGUAUGCGAAACACCUUCUGCAAAAGAGCUGCUCUCCCUUCAUCUGGACAUGAACCUAGAUGACGAUGACCUAGGGACGACUUCUGCGGACACCCGGCGUGACUUGGAAGCUGUUGCUGCAGCGGCAGCCUCGGAGGAUGCAGCGGCAGCUUCGGCUGCUGCUGAAUCGGGAGACUUUUAUUUGGUUCCUGCUGGUGGUGAUUGGUUGGACUCGUCUUCAGAGGAGGGAGCGGAGGAGGACACGGUAUCGGCGAGAGAGGGAGGCACUCCCGAAGAGGACGAAAGCGAAUUGCUGCAGCUGCUGGAGACAUGCAACGAGCAGCAGCAGGAGCAGCAGCAGGCCAAAGCACGUCUGUCUGCUGCAGCGCGCCGUCGGAUCAAAAAAGGCGCAGCAGCGGCAGCCGUAGAUACAGCGGAAACAUUUGAGACUUCCAAACAGGAACUCCUAGAGGCGCAGCGGCAACAGCAACCCAAGAUGCCGAAGCAGCAGCAACUUCCUCGUGGACGGAGAUCCAAGGAAAAACGCGCGCAAAAGAAAUACGCCGAUCAGGACGAAGAGGAGAGGGCACAGAGAAUGAAGCUGAUUGCCAGCGCUGGGGAGUCGGCGCGGAGUCGAGAGGCAGCGGCCGCAGCGCAGCGGACUGCAGAGGCUCAGAGGCGGAAAAAGGAGAGGCAUGAAUGGAAAAGCAUGCUGCAUCACAUGCAGGGAGAGGAACCCCCGCCUGCCGCUGCAGACUUCGCUGUGCGUCCACUUCCUGAGAGCAUGUGCAGAUGCGAAGCCACGCAGGGAGAAGAAAGGUUAAGUCAACUGGACUUGCUGACAGCAAAUCCCACUCCCGAGGAUUCGAUCAUUGCAGCCGUUCCUAUGGUGGCACCCUUCUCUGCUCUUCAGGGCAGCCCUUACCGCUGGAAGGUAGUUCCGGGGUUGCUUAAGCGAGGCCGCGUGGCGUCUCUCUGCAUGCGGCUCCUCCUGCAAGCAGCGCAAAAUCCUACACAGAAGGAACUGCUGAAGCACCUGCAGACGACUGAACUGGUACUGUGCUUGCUGGGAGAUGCGCAACUUUCUGGACAGGGCGUGCAGCGCAUGCAGACGGCAGAAAGAAGGCAAAAGAAGCAGCAGAAGCAGCAGCAGCUGAAAGAGGAGGAAAGCUAA